GACCGACUGUACUUGCUGAAGCAGCUCAUCACCCGCAGCCGUGCGGAGGUGGUCUUGUCCUCCGCUUGGCGAUGCGAUGAGGCCCUCUUUGAAUGGGCCACGCAGGAGCUGGCUGCAUUUCAGAUCCGAAUCUACAGCACCACCCCCUGCUCUGGUUGGCGCAGCCGCGUAGAUGAGAUCUGCGCUUGGCUGAAGGACCAUGAGAGGCAGGUGGACGCCUUUGCCGUCUUAGACGACUCGGAUCUCUCUGGCGGCGGCCUUCUCGAAGGGCAUGUUGUCUACACGGAUCCGGCUGUGGGCCUCACUGCCGACAAAGUGGCGGCAGCGCUGGCACCCUGGCGGGCCGGGUCGCCUUCCGCCACGGGCCUCCCGGGCCAGUCCUCGCCCGCUGGGAGGAGCAGACCGCCCAGAGGCUCGCAGAUGGCUGCUGUGCCGGCUGUUGGAUGGGCUUGUGGCCGCGGAAGAAAAGAAGACAUCAUCGACACUACACGGCCCUGA